CACUUCCAAUCAGACAGACCAAAAAAGAGCCCCAAAAAAAUGUAUGUCAGCAUCUAGGGUGAACCAAAAUUACAGUCACUGUUUUCCUGUCCUAAAAGACCUGAUGGAAAGCAGCGAGGAGCAGCUGCAGCUUGAGCUGGACCGAAUUUCGGGGGCGAGUCAUCAGGUCAGCAGCUACGAUGACCUCAUGGACCUGACCAUCAACUCGGAGCGCCUGAUGGCAAGGGUCAACUCGAGCCUGGACGCCCUGAACUCCGCCCUUGAUCGCCUGGAGGAGCGGACGGAUCACGUUCUCUUGGAGAUUCGGCGGAUAAUCAGGUUGGGAACUCAGCUGCAGAGUGCACACGAUGGAUGCGGAGAUUCUAGGUAGUAGGCGGGAAAAUGUUCAUUGGAAAAAAUUCGAGGAAUUUAAAGAAACUCAUUUUAUUUCGUGCUGGAAAAAACAAAGAAUCUAUAAAGCAUUUCUGUUUAAUCAUU